AUGUACUUCGCGGUUUUUUCUGCGCUUUUAUGCAUUUCGAGCGGGGCCCCCUUCAUUGGACAAACGCUGUUGGAUGCACAACUUGCAGCCACUACACCACAAGAAGAACAGCAUGAGUACCCAGCGCCUCAGGAGAACUCAGAAAGCGUUGUUCUGGAACCUCCACUGAUCAAAAGAGGCAUUGAUCCUCUUUCGAUUCCUCGUUUGAUCAGAGAGCCACCAUUGAAACGAAUUGAUCCUUUUUCGAUCCCACGUUUGAUCAGAGAGCCACCAUUGAAACGAGGAGAGAAGAGAGACUCCUAUGUGUACCCACUGACGAGUUCGCAGCUUGACAGGAUCCCAUUGAGAGAACCACCACUUAAGCGAGGGUACUACGAAGAUGAGGAGCAGAAUCCGUCGCAAGACCCUACCGAGUAUGGAGCUUCAUACAUGCAAAAUCAACAAGAUGAUGACUGGCAGACGUCUGCUGUGAGGACAUCGAAGCAGCCAACGGAAUCUUUGCGGAAAAAUAUCUACGAGUACCUUGCUAGCAUACGCAGACAGCUGCCUCCUUCUAUCCUCCAGAUACCCACGAGGCAAAUGAGAUCUUCGACGGGACCACGCUCCCCAAUGAGGUUAUGGCGCUGAACUCGUUGUCCGCUUACAUACACCCACUUGAUCUCCUGCGCCGACAGUAGCAGCUAGCAUUGGCAUCUCUUGACAUAUAAAUAUUGAGUGAUGACUGUAC